UUUACAACUGGCCAUGAGUCCCGCACCGCAGUCGGCCGACGCCUUUCUGCAAGACGGCUCGGACGCUUUCCACGCGGCGCUUGCCACGCAGCUCGAAGCCUCGAUGGGCAAGUCGAUGCCGCAGCUCGAGAUUCGCUUCCAGGACUUUUCGAUUGCCGCCGAUGUGGCCGUCGCGACCAAGGACGGCCAUGAGCUCCCGACGAUCUGGAACCACAUGAAAAAGUCGUCGAUGGGCCUCUUCCGCUCCAAGCGCUCGCUGCGCAAGGACAUUCUGCACCCGAUGUCGGGCACGUUCAAGCCCAGCACCAUGACGCUCGUGCUCGGCCAGCCGAGCUCGGGCAAGUCGUCGCUCAUGAAGUACCUUUCGGGGCGCUUCCACGUGACCAAGAACAUCACGGUGGGCGGUGAGCUCACGUACAACGGCACGCCGUUGCCCGAGGUGGCGCACACGCUGCCGCAGAUCUCGUCGUACAUGAGCCAGCGCGAUUUUCACUACCCGACCUUGACCGUCAAGGAGACGCUCGAGUUUGCCCACGCGUGCAGCGGCGGCGCCGCCGUGCCUCAGCGCGUCCUCGACUCGCUUGAGAGUGGCUCGCCCGAAGAGAACGCGCAGGCCAAGGCUGUGAUUCAGUCGCUCUACAACGUCUACCCGGACAUUAUCACGCGCCAAAUGGGUCUUGUCAACUGCAAGGACACGAUCGUCGGCAACGCCAUGCUCCGCGGUGUCUCGGGCGGCGAGCGCAAGCGCGUCACCGUCGGCGAGAUGGAGUUUGGUAUGAAGCUUGUUUCGUUCAUGGACGAGAUCAGCACGGGUCUCGACUCGGCGGCGACGUACGAUAUCGUCAAGUCGCAGAAGAGCAUGGCCGAGUCGCUCAAGAAGACGAUCGUGAUUGCACUGCUGCAGCCGUCGCCCGAAGUGUACAACCUCUUUGACGAAGUGCUUUUGCUCAACGAAGGCCACGUCAUGUACCACGGUCCGCGGUCGCUGGCUCUCGAGUAUUUCGAGUCGCUCGGCUUCAAGUGCCCGCCCAAGCGCGACGUGGCCGACUUUCUGCUGGACCUUGGCACGCCCGAACAGGCGCAGUACGUCGUCGACGGGACGACGUCGGUGCCGCGGUCGCCAAGCCAGUACGCGGACCUCUUCCGCAUGUCGACCAUCUACAGCGAGAUGAUGAGCCACGUCGAGGGCCCGCACCACCCGCUGCUGCUCGCGGACGCGACCAAGCACAUGGCCGAGAUGCCGGCGUACCAAGUGCCGUACGUGCAGAGCACCAAGAUGCUCAUUGCCCGUCAGCUCAAGGUCUUUUUGCGCAACACGGCGUUCGUCAAGAGCCGCUUCGUCAUGGUGCUGCUCAUGGGUCUCCUCUACUCGACGACGUUCUACCAAGUCAACCCAGAGAUGCCGGUCGUUGUCCUCGGUGUUAUCUUUACGGCGGUGCUCUUCCUCGCACUCGGCCAAGUGCCGCUUAUGCCGGCGGUUCUCGAAGCCCGCGAGAUCUUUUACAAGCAGCGGUCGGCGCAGUUUUUCAAGACGUCGUCGUUCAUUCUGGCGCAGUCGUUCACCCAAGUGCCGUUCGCCUUAGGGGAGACCUUGGUGUUUGGCUCGGUCAUGUACUGGCUCUCGGGUUUUGUCGCUGAAGUCGGCGCGUUCCUCGUCUACUUGCUGCUGCUCUUUCUGACCAACUUGUCGUUCGCGUCGUGGUUCUUCUUCCUCGCGGUCGUCUCGCCCAACCUUCAUGUGGCCAAGCCGCUCUCGAUGAUGUCGGUCUUGAUCUACGUCAUGUUUGCGGGCUUUGCCAUCUUCAAGGACGACAUUCCCGACUACUUUAUCUGGCUCUACUGGCUCAACCCGCUCUCGUGGUGCAUGCGCGCGCUCUCGAUCAACCAGUACUCGGCGUCCGAGUUCCAAAAAUGCGUGAUCAAGGACGGCGGCAUCAACUACUGCAAGCUCAAGGGCGACACCAUGGGCAACGUCAUGCUCGAGACGUUUGGCCUCGAGACCGAGAAGAUCUGGAUCUGGUACGGCGCGCUCUUCCUCGCCGCCUGCUACUUUGUGUUUCUCGGCAUCUCGUACCUCGCGCUCGAGUACAUCCGCUACGACACGGCGGCGCAUGGGACGGUGCACGUCGCCGACGACGACGAGAGCGCCGAGCACAGCAAGGGCGCCGACAUCUACGUUGAAGUGCCCAAGACCCCCGCUGACGCGCACGCGGUUCCCAUCGGCAGCACCGCUUCGACGUCGAUUCCCGUGACGCUCGCCUUCCAAGACCUCUGGUACUCGGUGCCCAACCCGACCAAGGGCGAGCCCGACUUGAAGUUGCUCAAGGGUGUCAGCGGCUUUGCGCGCCCUGGUACGAUCACGGCGCUCAUGGGCUCGUCCGGCGCGGGCAAGACCACCUUGAUGGACGUCAUUGCCGGUCGCAAGACAGGCGGCAAGAUCGAAGGUCAGAUUCUUCUGAACGGGUACCCGGCCACGGACCUCGCGAUUCGUCGUGCGACGGGCUACUGCGAGCAGAUGGAUAUUCACUCGGAAGCGGCAACGUUCCGUGAGGCGUUCCAGUUCAGCGCGAUGCUCCGCCAGUCCGAUGACAUUCCCGCCGAAGAGAAGAUGGCGUUUGCGGAAGAGUGUCUGGACAUUUUGGACAUGAAGAACCUCGGCGACACGAUCAUUCGUGGCGCGUCGGUCGAGCAGAUGAAGCGCCUGACGAUCGGUGUCGAGCUUGCGGCGGCGCCGUCGGUGCUUUUCCUCGACGAGCCGACGUCCGGCCUCGAUGCUCGGUCGGCCAAGAUCAUCAUGACGGGCAUCCGCAAGAUUGCCUCGACCGGUCGCACCGUCGUCUGCACAAUCCAUCAGCCGUCGACCGAGGUGUUUGAGAUGUUCGACUCGCUCCUGCUCCUCAAGCGCGGUGGCGAGACUGUCUUUUUUGGCGACCUUGGCGAGAGCGCGAGCCAUUUGAUCAACUACUUCAAGGCGAUCCCCAACACGCCGGCUCUUCUUCCGACGGCCAACCCGGCGACGUGGAUGCUCGAAGUCAUUGGUGCCGGUGUCGAAGCCAAGCAAGGCGGCGGCGCACCGACGGACUUUGUGCAGGCGUUUAUGCAGAGCCACGAGCGCCAGCUUCUUGUCUCGGAGCUUGCGCACCACACGCAGCCGCAUCCGUCGCUGCCCGAGCUGACGUUUGCCAACAAGCGCGCGGCGUCGUCGUCGACGCAGUUCAAGAUGGUGACGCAGCGCUGGUUCCGCAUCUACUGGCGCACGCCGUCGUACAACUACACGCGUGGCCUCAUGUCCAUCGUCCUCGCGGUGCUCUUUGGUUUGGUCUUCCGCGGCAUCGACUACGCCACGUACUCGGGUGCGACCGGCGGCGUCGGCAUGAUCUUCAUGACGUCGCUCUUCAUCGGUUUGAUCUCGUUCAACAGUGUGCUGCCGCUCGCCUCGGAGGAGCGCGCGUCGUUCUACCGCGAGCGCGCGUCGCAGACGUACAACGCGCUCUGGUACUUUAUCGGCUCGACGCUCGCCGAGAUCCCGUACGUGUUUGUGACGACGUUUGCAUUUACGAUCAUCUACUACCCGUUCGUGGGCUUGAACGAAUCGGUCGGCGCGUGCCUCUUUUACGGCCUCAACCUCUCGCUCCUCGUUUUGAUGAACGUCUACUUGGGUCAGUUGAUGGUGUAUGCGACGCCCCGCGUCGAGGUCGCCGCGCUUCUCGGUGUCCUCCUCAACUCGAUCUUCUUCCUCUUCAUGGGCUACAACCCGCCCGCGUCGCAGAUCCCGUCGGGGUAUCGCUGGCUCUACCACAUCACGCCGCCCAAGUACUCGCUUGCAAUUCUCACGGCCGAGACGUUUUCCAAGUGCACGGGCGACAUGACGCAGCUUGGGUGCAAGAUCAUGACCGGCGUGCCCCAGAGCAUCCUCCACGAGAUGAACAAGACCGAGAUCCGCAUCAAGGACUACGUCGAGUACAUUUACGAGAUGAAGAUCGACGACAAGCAGAUGAACAUUUGGGUCGUCGUCGGCUGCAUCGUGCUUUUCCGCGUCCUCGCGCUCCUCUGUCUCCGCUACGUCAACCACCAGAAGCGGUAAAUGCAUGCCGACAGCUUGUAUUUUCGACACAUAAAUCAACUACAAUUAAAAGAGAACUUUGCAUUUUGAUACUUGAAA